CAUAUACUAUACAUUUUCAGUACUGGCAGUUAAUAUCGGAACACAGCCAGAUGUAGGUGUAGUAUAUUCAAAAAUUCGAAAGUCAUUCCGAAGAACGUGCGUCAUCGAUAUCACGAUGCUUAACUAACGUAACGCUCUCUGUGAUAAUUUUGAUUGGUCGACGCAACGGAAGAUGGUUCGGUUGGUUCGGUUCAACAUCAUUCAACAUGGAGUACGUGGAUACCGUGAAGGGCGACAGCAAUGACGACAGCUGUUGCAACUCGUCCCCUUGUCCGGAACUCACGUCGAAUCCAAAGUCCAUGGAAAAUUCAGCGACAGACGCAAAAGAAUCGAAAGAAUCUACGAUGGAAUGUGACAACACUGAGAACAAUGUGGACGACUCGCGGAAUACGGCCGCGACUAUCUUGCAAAAGGAACCAUCCACAGAGAAUAUAGACUUCACAGUGAUUUACAACAAACAGAAGAUUAGUGUAAAUUUUGCUUUAGAUGGCACAGUUGCCGAGUUAAAGACGCAUUUGCAAAAAAUUAUCUCUGUACCGCAAGCGAUGCAGAAAGUUAUGUUUAAAGGAUUAGCCAAAGACGAUCAGACUCUUAGGAACUUGGGAGUCACGAAAGGUGCCAAAGUCAUGAUAGUUGGAUCAAAGUUAGAUGAUGUAUUGGCUGUGUCAAUUCCAACGAAACAAGAUCUCAUCGACGAGGCUGUUUCUUCGGUGAGCAAAGAACCUCUGUCCCAACAAAAAGUCCAUAGGAAAGUUUUAGAUAAAGGUAUUCCAGAAGAUGUGAUGCCAGGAAUACUGGACAGCAAGGAACCUUUGCCUGAAUUUCCAUUAGCUGGAAUGCUAAAUAAGUCUGGAGGAAAAGUCAGGUUAACAUUUAAAUUGGAACAAGAUCAACUUUGGAUCGGCACGAAAGAAAGAACGGACAAAAUACCUAUGAAUUCGAUAAAAGGUGUCCACAGUGAACCUAUUCACGAUCAUCCCGAAUAUCAUAUUAUGGCAAUACAAUUAGGCACUACAGAAGCAUCAAGAUAUUGGAUAUAUUGGGUCCCUGCACAGUACAUAUCUGCUAUUAAAGACGCUAUUCUUGGCAAAUGGUGUUACUUCUGAUUGAUAAUUGCUAGAAAUUCGAUUUCUGUAAAGUUUAAUCGGAUAUAAAUAUCGAGAUACAAAUACUGCUGUUACAUUGACAUAAAAACUGUCAGCUAGUCACACACAUUUCUAACAGUAAGUAAUAAUUUAUUUGAGUUGCAUUAUCAUCGCGCGGAGAAUACCCAAUAAACGUAGUCUGUCCCGUUGCAAAACCAAUUUAGGUGACUAGUCUUGAUUUAUUGGGAAAAAAAGAUAUGUAAUCACUAUGCCAAAUGUUUUAUAUUUUCAUAGUCCAGAUUUAAGCGUAUAUUCUCAAUUUUUUACACUGCUGAAAGUAAGGUAGACAGUCUUACAUGAGAACUGUGAUUUGUGGAACUUCCAUAAUUAAUGUGUUGUGAUAAUAUUACAUUUUUGAUUAGGUGAUUAAAAAAAAUCCUUUUUUUAUUUUAUUUUAUUCAAAUGUAUCUACAAAUUUAUUCAACUCUCUCUGCAAGUUUUAUUCAAAAUCUAUAAAAAAUAUAAUUAGUUCAACUGGAUUUGUUGACAAAUUUUUUUAUAAUAAAAAAAAACAAGUCAAGAUUUUAAAUUUGAUUAUUUACUGUAUUAUUUGUUUAACAGAGCAACAGUUUUUAUGAUAAGUCAAUUAAUCCUUUCGCUACAUUUAUGCUCUUAACGAGCGAUUAUUUUGUGAGAAUAUAUUACUAUUUCCUCUAGUUUUCGACAUUAUUGAUAACAAAAAAAUUAUAUGCCACAAAAAAUUCAUAAUUAGUCAUAGGCAAGUUAAAAAAGUCAUUUCAAAUAAUUUAAAUGUUUAUACCUUCAUCUUUAUCACUUGUAAAAAAUUUUUUGUAAUUUUGGUUACACUAGAGAUGUUUUUCUCUUUUGUGCAUGAGCAUUUUUUGAUACAAGCGUACAGUAGCGAAAGGGUUUAAGUCAUAACAUUGCAUUUAAAGCAAAUUUUUGAAAUAAUUUUUGAAGUAGCCAUGCAACUUAUGAUUUGUUAUUAUUCAUUCAUACAUUUUACAUAACAUUCAAUUUUGUCAAAUGAUUGGAUGUGAUUAUACAUAUUUAACACAUUUAUACAUGAUUCAAAAACUGUAGGAGAUCUAUCCUUGGUACAUGUUAAGUUUCAACAAAGUUUUAUUUUUUGUUGUAGCUUCUGCAACAAAAAAUAAACAUAUACACCCAUCUUUUUGCGUAAUACAGACUACAACACAUUAUAUCACUAUUGAGCAAAAUUACAAUCCUUGUGUAAACAAAAGAUGCAUUGACAAUUUUACAUUUUAGUAUCAUUAUAUUAACUCGACAGCAGAAUAACAACGAAUUUCGAGCUAAAAAUUGAAAAAUUUGUUCAACAUUUUGUGAUUGGCCUAGUAGUAAAAUUACAUGUAAAAAAAGAAAAGUCAAAACGAGUCCAUUGCUACAUUACAAUUUAUAAGGUGCAUAAAAGAUUCAUGUAUAUCCUUUAGCGUUGUAACUGCUGUAAAUUAGGUUUUAUACUGUUCGAAUCGUAUAAUCGCAAGAAUAAGAUAAAUCAAAAUUUGUAGUGAUUCCUACAACAGUUAAUAACUGUCGAAUCUAUUUCACAAAAAUCGAUGGUUUGAAUGGGACUUGUACAUUAGUUGUGUGAUUUGAUAAAAUAAAUACUUCUGAGACUUUUGUUUUUUAA